AUGGCGUCUCCCGAGCAGAUUCCCGGGCAGGAAUACGACUAUGAAGCCCUCCCUUCGAACUACGGCCUAGGCCGGAACAUGCUGGCUGGCGCCUUUGCAGGAAUAGCAGAACACUCUGUUAUGUAUCCGGUAGACUUGUUGAAGACACGCAUGCAAAUCCUGCAUCCCUCGAACGGCGGGCUCUACACAGGCUUGACCAAUGCGGUUUCGACCAUCUACCGAAUUGAAGGCUGGAGGACGCUAUGGAAGGGCGUUUCGAGUGUUAUCGUUGGUGCUGGUCCGGCUCAUGCCGUUUACUUUGGUACAUACGAGGUCGUUAAGGAAAUGGCCGGUGGAAAUGUGGACGAUGGGCACCAUCCGGUAGCAGCUGCGCUGAGCGGUGCGUCCGCAACCAUUGCUAGCGACGCCUUGAUGAACCCCUUCGAUGUCAUCAAGCAACGCAUGCAGGUCCAUGGCUCGGUACAUAAGAGUAUCCUUCAAUGCGCUCGCUCCGUCUACAAAACGGAAGGUCUCCAGGCGUUCUACGUAUCCUAUCCCACUACGCUUUGCAUGACGGUGCCUUUCACCGCCACUCAGUUUGUCGCCUACGAGUCCAUCUCCAAGGUCAUGAACCCAUCGCAGGAUUACGACCCGUUCACGCACUGCAUGGCGGGAGGUCUGGCGGGUGCAUUCGCCGCCGGUAUCACCACCCCGCUUGACGUUGUGAAGACGCUGCUGCAGACCCGAGGGCUGGCCCAGAACGAGGAGAUCCGGUCGGCCAAGGGUCUCUUCAACGCUGCGGCCAUUAUCAAGCGGCAGUUUGGCUGGAAGGGAUUCCUGCGUGGCGCUCGCCCCCGUAUUAUUUCCACCAUGCCCAGCACUGCUAUUUGCUGGACCUCGUAUGAGAUGGCCAAGGCCUACUUCAAGGGCCAGGUGGACAGCUAG